AUGGGUGACACUGAAGGGCAGCUCAGAUGGGCACUGAUAUGUGGCAUUGAUGUGCACUGGUAUGUGGCAUUGAUGUGGCACUGAAACAGGGGCGGACUGACAACUCAUGGGGCCCCCGGGCAAUAGGGGAUCAUGGGGCCCGUGUCCUUGCCCAAACUCAAAAAAGCCUAUGAAAAAGGUACCAGGGGCAUCUCAUGGGGCCCCCUACUGCCCCCGGGCCGUGCCCGAGUUUCCAAAUGGUCAGUCCGCCCCU